UUGUUUACCCGCGUUCACGAGCGAGUUCGCAAAUCCAGCGUGGUUCUCCGGUUCGGUCACAUCCUCGCGCAAAGAGGUUUCUCAUUCCACCGCGAAAAAUCUCCCCCUUUUUUUUGUUAUCCUUACAUCCGCUGUCGUGCAUCCCGGCUACAGCAGUGCUGUGCACAAGGACUGCAUAUAUACACGUACACAAUUGUCGUCGUCGUCCUUUUCGGCGGCAUAUUCACAACAGUCGGUUCUCCGUGCGCCGAAGGAAAAAAAAGUGAGUUGUGCUGUGAGUAUUGGUGUCCCGAUCCUGAUCCCGCGUUGCUCCUGCUGUUCCUUCCUGCUCCUGUGUACGAAGGAUUCGCAUUCGCUAGCCAAAAGGGGGAACAAUCCGUGGCCUGGUCGCGCUCGUCGAUUCAAUCGUUCCGAAGUUCAAGUGGAAGCAAGACGCGAUUCUCCGCGAGUCCUCAGUGCGUGUCGUUGAAGAACGGGUCAGUUUUUUUGUUCUGCUGCUGAUUGGCCAUAAGUGCGUGCAGUGCGCGGCAAGAUUUAGGAAGAUUCCUGGAAAGUGCAACCGAAAGAAGCGAAACUGGUUCCGGUGGAAUAUAUCGGAAAGGAUUCGAAUUGGAAACGAUAGUUGAAUCGGAUGGUUUAAAACGUGAUUUUGUGGGGUACUGAUGCAAGUGUUGGUGCGCCACUAAGAAAGGUGAACAGAAGAACGGACAAGAAACGGCCAGAUCUGGAAAGGUGCUCGGGGGACACAUUACGCAAGGAGACGACAAGGGGAAAGUAAACAGAAACGCACCGAGCGAAUUGCACUGAAUCGGUGUGGUGGUUAGUGUUUCGGAGGCAAUUUGAAGCGUUCCAAAAAUGGUACAGGCACUUGACGAAUACGAUAUUCAGCCGGAUCUUCCACAGGCCCUGCGACUGCUGGACGAGAUGAAUAAUAACUUCAAACAGGUUUCCGACCUUGUUGGCAAUAUGCUGCAGCGAGUCAAAACGGGAGAACUGUCCACAGAGUACGGGCUGAACUUCCUGGAGAUCAAAUAUCACAUGCUACUCAACUAUCUGAUCAAUCUGACUUACGUCGUGCUUAGGAAAUGUUCCGGUCACAAAAUCGAGAAAGACCCCUCGAUCGAUCGCCUCAUCGAAAUCCGCACAGUUCUCGAAAAGAUCCGUCCGAUCGAUUACAAACUGCGCUACCAGAUAGACAAACUGGUCAAAACGGCCGUUACCGGUGCGAGCGUAGCCGACGAUCCGACAUCCUUCAAAGCCAACCCUGCGAACCUGAUGUCCCAGCUGCCGGAAACGGCAGGUGCGGACGGGGAUAGUGGUUCCGGAGAUGAAUCGGAUGACUCUGCCAAGGUGUUGCAAAAACUUCGCAAGGCAAAGGCAGCCAAGGCGGGGCUGGGCAAACCGGAAACGAGCAGUACCGGUGAGGUGUACGUACCUCCCAAGCAUAUGGCCGUGCCGUACGAGGAGGAAUCCAAGUCCGAUCGGGCGAGAAAGCAGAUGGAACGGGCACGGAAGCGAGCGCUGGGGUCCUCGUUGAUACAGGAGCUGAAGGAGGAGUAUCUGGACACGCCGGUGGAGAUUUCCUCCAGCUCGAGAGCGCUGCAAAAAUUGUCCCGCAAGGAGCGUGAGCGAGAGGAGUACGAGGAGAAAUAUCUGACGCGAUUGCCGAUUACCAAGGCGGACAAGCACCGGAGUCGGAAGCUUACUACACUCGGCACCCUGGGCGAUGAGCUAACAAGCUUUGGCGACAUCAGCGCUCUUGACGAUGAGCUUCCUUCGUCGUCUGCUUCGAAGGGCGGCAAAAAGCGCAAAGCUCCCAAGGGUGGUAAAAAGCACGGUAAGAAACGUCGUUUCCGUUAAACUGGUUGGAGCGUGAUCCCUCGUUCACCAGACAAGCAACAGUUCAACAAUGUUCGAGUUAAUUGUUUAUAUUUCAACAUUUGUUUCAAUUGUAUUUUUAAAUGACAUAAUUAUAUUCAGUUUUCCAAAUACUUUUCUUUAAAAUUGCAUCUUGUUUAUUUGUAUUGAUUUUUUCCUAAGUUUCACUAUCCAGUUGUUGAUUUUCGUUUCAAUUUGGUUCGGUUAUAACUAGGAGAUUAUCACAAUUGCAUCUAGAUUAAGUAAAGUGCAUGAUACUUACUGAUCAUGUACAAAUGUAACACAAAAUAGUACGAUGAGAGCAUAAAACUAAUUAAAAGAAACUUACAACAAGUUACUGUUGCAGAAAUAAGAAUUAUUGAUUUUUAAAUGAAAAUACACUCACCAAGAGCCUUUAUGAUAUAUUUAUACGAGAAUAUUUUCAAGUUUCUUCCAAUUGAUAAAUGUGUAACGCGCUGGGCGUGAGUUUGGGGGAGAGAUCAUUCCUGGCGAUCGGAGCACCACUUUCACCGCAUCACAAAUAUAUACAAAAACGAUAGUUAUAUGUACCGUUAAGGUAUGGCAUAAACUAGCGAUUAAGUGCAACCAUAGUUACAAAUAUAUGAGCAAGCAUAAACUGAGAAAUAGCUGAUGACUAUUGGUGAACAAAAACGGACGUUCACUGAACCAGAAACACAAUUGUUGCCUUUUACAUAGUGAAUUAUAACAAAAGUAUUCUUUUUCUAUAGACAAACAUACAGAUAACGCUCAGUUGACCAGUUUUGUGUUGAAAUAAUCAAAUAAACAAAUAACCUCAAAUACAGAACCUGAAUUGUGGUACCCCAGCAACUGUAAUCGUUGGGAAUGAUCUGUUUAGCAUCCAAAGUCCAGUUUGUAAAGACGCCCAGUUGCCCAGAAAAAUAAAACAAAUUAAAGAAACGGCAUUAUUUUGUACAACCAUUACACAAUAGUUGUAUUGAAACAUUUAAAAUAAAAAUAGAAACGAUUUAUAACCAUAAUACAAAUACAUUUUUAUGAACAAACAAAAAUACAAAACAGAGCAGAUAAAACACGAGAAUAAUAUUCCUAUCACACGCAAAAGAGCAAACAAGUUACUACAGAUGAAAUAAUAAUAGAAAUAAUCGGAAAUAACAGAUACAACGUCCAAUAGUGCAGUGAAGAGAAAUCAAAAUACGUACACGAAUACAGAGUUUAUUG